AUGGCCGCAACCCAUGGGACAGCAGCUCACUUUCCAGCAGGACCGAUGGCCAUUUCAGCACCUACACCAGUUGAUGAAGUGCGGGAAUAUGAAAAGAUUCUUACAAUCAAUGAUCAAAUCUUCUCGGGCACUCAUCCCCGGCUCAGUGUUCCCCAACACCUUGUGCGCAAAUCGGGGCGAAAUGGCCAAACUGUUCCUCUUCAGACUCAUUUAUCUAAAAACUCCCCCCCGAGGCCAGUUGUGCAGAAUGUGCCUGUGGCUACAACCACAAAACAAUCUUUUAAUAGCUCGCAGGGUGCAUUGGUCAAAAACGCGUUGUCUACAGCACCACAACCCGCUCGUGUGGCAUCAAAACCUACUUCCGAGAUCGAUCCUAUCUUCUUGACCAAGUCAGAUGACCUGAUCAGAGCAGAACUACAGCUACAAAGGCAGAGAUUGGAGAGAGCGCUGCGUGAUCAAGUGGAACUCAAAAAACAAGAGACCAAACAGAGACCUGCGGUUCAAGACACGAAGCCUGACUUUGAUGUCUCAGAAGUCUUCAAGCAGGCACUUGAGGUAGUGAAACCCGUGUCACUGAGUGAUGCGUCCGAGGCCACUGGACCAGGCGGCGCUGCUAGUGACUCCUUUGACGACAAUUCAUUUUACUCCAGUAGAGCUCCUGACUCGCCCCCCCAGACUGGCAAACAACAAAAGCCAUCUCCCGUGGUCAUGCCCGCGCCACAAGCACCUGCUACGCGGGCUCCGGUUACCCAUUACGCAGAUGAGUUGCAGCGACUUGAAGCUCUGAACCAACCUGGAUCUGAUCAGGAAAUGCAAGAUGCUUACCUUGUUGCUGACCAGCGCCACUCCUAUUCUCAGAAGCAGACCAGCUACCAGAAAGCAGAGGCUCCCGUCAGCCGGUUCCGUGAUUCGCAUCGAUUCGAGAUUGUUGACGAACCCGAGUAUUCUCCACCCGCCCCAGCAGCGCCACCAGCGGAUCACCGUGACUCACACCGCGGGGUAGAAAGUGGUAUUGGGAGACAACCUAGGCCAGAUGCGAGAUAUGCGGACCGCGCUAGAGACUUACGCAAACCUCCGUCUCCGGAAAUCGUGAAGGUAGUUCGAAACCACAUCACAUCACCGGCAGCUCCUAGGCCAUCCCGCGUCUCACCUUUGGCCAUUGCCAAGGCUCCCUCCGUCCAGCAAAUCCGAGAGGAACGAUCUGAACAUGAAUCUGAUCAGGUGUAUUCGGACCGUGAUUCUGCUCGUGGCAGUCCACAUCCACCGGUCUCUAACAUCAUUUCCCGGAAGCGGAGGAGGCUGCGCGAAGGUGAUGAAGGGUCCCGUCAAACCUCAUACAGGAGACAAAAUGCAGGACCUACUGAGGCAUUCAUCAAAGAGGAACCCGUUUCGCCCCCACCAUUUGCCGACGAUCCUACUGUUGUCCGCAGCCGACACCCUCAAGAGCGCCCUAUCUACAUUGACAUCGCUUCCCCUCAAUACACCCCAGUAUACGAAAGUCGUGGUCCACCAAUGCGAGAGCAAGUCUACGAGAUUGAUCCUUACCACGAGCCUCCACCAGAGGCUGGGCCUCAGCGCACCAUUUCUCGACUGGGCACCAGGCGACCAAUUCGCGAGGAAGCCGAUCUCCGACGAGUCGCAAGUGUACAGUAUGCUCGUCAAUCAGACUAUCCUCGUGAAUACAUUGAGGCCCCGACACGCCAAGUUCGAGCAGCAUCGUACAUUGUGGAACGUCCGGCACAAGAGCGACCAAGGUACUACGAAGAAUCCCCUUACACACAGCAACGUUAUGUUGCCGCGGAUGACAUGCCAGUCCCAACGUAUCGAGAUCCUUACUACGAAGAGUUGCUCCCGGCACGGAUGAUGCCACCACCUCAACGUCGGAUUGUCGUUGAUGAGCAUGGCACUCAAUAUUAUGAGCUGCUACAAGCACCAAGACUGCAGCCGAUGGCUCCUCCUCCUCCCCCUCCCCGCCCAGUCUCCCAGAUGUCGAAGGAGGUUUACGAUGAGCGACUGCCUCACCACGCGGGCGGUGUCCGUGCACCUUCGGUUGUGCAGGACCCCUAUGGUGAACGGCGCUAUGUGCAGGAAAUGCCCCCGCCCCAACCAAUCUAUAGGCGUGUCACGUCAGAUUACGCUCGCUCAAUAGCAGCCCAUGACAGACAAAGCUACGCUGCUCCGAUGGAAGCCCAUGAACCUUACCCACGCAGUGGCAGUGUGCAAGUAGCAGAGUACCUACCUCCUCGUCAUGCAGUCUAUAUUGAUGAACGUCCAGCGCCCCAGGAGAGAAUAAUUCGAACAGCCAGUGUUCGUCCUCCACAGCCUCGCUAUGAAGACCCGCAUGAGGUUGUUCAGCGAGUUGGAAGCGUGCGACCAACAGGUCCGGGCCGUGAGCCCAGUAUCUUCAUGGAUGACAGGCCACUUGGGGAAUACGUGGAGAGACCGUACUUCAUUCGAGAGCGACGGUACUAUGACGGUGAAGGUGAAGAAGGAGAUCGCCUUGGCCUAGAUGGCGCGAGUGAUACCAUUCAGCGGGCUCCACAGCGUUACCAGUAG